AUGUCUGACAACACCAGCAGAUUUACCUGCAAGGGCCAAGUGGUUUAUAAUUUUUCUCAACACCAGUACAUUUACAGAGUACACUGUGGUGGAGGAAUUUUGUGUGGUUAA